AUGUGGCUAAACCCUGGCUUGUGGAUGCAGAUUGCCAAUGCAAAGCAGGCUUGUAAUUUGGUGGGGUGGAUAUGGGACCCAGGAGAGGCAGACGGGAGUUUUGGUUGCGACACCACGGUUGUGGGUAGUUGGGCUGUGCAACAGGAAAGUGGAGACAGGUAUGGGUUUGACACAGGAAUCCCAGUGGAGAGCAGCGGCCCCGUGGAGGCCGGCCCCGGCGCCUGCACCUUCGACUCCAGGCACCUCUACACCGGGAAGGUCUGCGGGGAGGGCUCCGUCCGCGCCGUCUCCUACAACACCCUGGCCGACUCCUACGCCCAGACCGAGUUCUCCCGCACCGUGCUCUACCCGUACUGCGCCCCGUACGCCUUGGAGCUCGACUACCGGCAGAGCCUCCUCAAGAAGGAGCUGGCGGGCUACAGCGCUGACCUCAUCUGCUUGCAAGAGGUGGACAAGUCCGUCUUCACGGACAGCUUGGCUCCAGCCCUAGACGCUUUCGGACUCGAAGGGCUCUUCAGGAUUAAAGAGAAGCAGCACGAAGGCCUGGCCACUUUCUACCGCAGGGACAAGUUCUGCCUCCUUAGCCGGCACGACAUCGCUUUCAGCGAAGCCCUGCUCUUGGAUCCGCUGCACCAGGAGCUGCGUGAUAAGCUGGCCAAGUACCCCUUGGUGCAGGAGAAGGUGCUGCAGAGGUCAUCUGUGCUGCAGGUUUCAGUUCUUCAGUCUACAACUGACCCUUCCAGGAGGGUUUGUGUAGCCAAUACCCACCUCUACUGGCAUCCAAAAGGAGGGAACAUCCGGCUCAUCCAAGUCGCUGUAGCCUUGUCUCACAUCAAGCACGUAGCAUGUGAUUUGUAUCCUAGCACACCAGUCAUAUUCUGUGGAGAUUUUAACAGUACACCAUCAUCUGGAGCAUAUAGUUUUAUUAACAGUGGUGGCAUUGCUGAAGAUCAUGAAGACUGGGUCUCGAACGGUGAAGAAGAAAGGUGCAAUAUGCCUCUAAGCCAUCCUUUCAAACUGCUAAGUGCUUGCGGAGAACCUGCUUACACGAACUAUGUUGGUGGGUUUCAUGGGUGUCUGGACUACAUUUUCAUCGACAGAAAUGCUCUAGAGGUUGAACAGGUCAUUCCAUUGCCAAGUCAUGAAGAAAUAACAGCUCACCAGGCUUUGCCGAGUGUUUCACAUCCUUCUGAUCAUAUAGCACUAGUAUGUGACUUAAAGUGGAAAUAGAUCAGCUCUUUCAUGGUGCUUUUGGGAGUUUUCAAACAAGAAGUUUAAUUUACUGCUGGGAAACUGAG